CAUUACUUUUCCUAGUUGUGACGUAAGCUAUGUUAAUCGUGGGACUGCUGUUCGCUCUUUGCAUCGCGUGUUGGUGAUCGGGAAAGUUCGUUUGGAUCUUGCUGUUUUCCGUGGCUGCUGGUUGUUUGGCCGUUCGCUAGCAAUAAGAUGAUUGUCCGUAUUUUAACCUUCUUCAAACACAUUAUUCUAGGGAUAUUUCGUGUCAUCUUUUGGAUAUUAAGAUGUGGGAGAAGAAAGAAAGCUGCAGAAAGUACAGAUGACAAUAUCGGUAUGACUGAUGUUGUUAUUGGAGAUGCCCAGGAUAGUUACCCAAGCUAUAACAUGAACAGUACCGGUACUAUGAUGAAUGGGUAUGAAGUUCCAGCUCCUUCCUAUUACGAUAAAUCUCAACAAAGUAGGCAUCCAUACCAAAGUCAAAUAACAUCGCCUGAACAAUAUCAGGAAUCUAGUGAAGCUGAGAUACAAAUGCAAUCUUGGGAUCAGUGGGAUUAUGAAGAUUCUUCUUCUCAGCAAGCAGAAGCACAAAAUAUUCAGAAUCAACAACAAGAUCCAGAAGAGGAAGAGGAGAUAAAUUUCUUUGCUGAUAUGGAACCAUCUGUAAAAGUGAAAAAGAUUGUUUUAAAAAAAAAACAGAAAAUACAAGAAAGAAGUAACAGACUUGCUAUAAAUGAAGAUCUUGAUUUUAAAACGACAAGUGAAUUGGAUGCAUGGCAAGAUGAAGUAGAAGAAAGUGGUGAAGGAUGGGCAGAUGAUGAUGUGGAAAUGGAUGAUAUUGAUACUGAUAAAAUUGCCAAAGAAGCUCGUGAACUUCGGAAACAGGAAAGGAUACGUAAAUCAGAAGAACAAAAAAAGCAAAGACUGGCCAAGAAAUCUAAACAGCAUCACGAUCAUAGACUUGGCAUGAAAGUAUCUUAGCAUAUUAUGAAAAUAUUUUGAGAAAAAUGUGACGAAUAUGGUUUGAAAGUAGAAAUGUCAGAUCUGCGCAUGUAUAUCGCUGUAAUGUGCAAUACAAGAAAACCUGUGAGAUGGGAUGAAAAACUUUCAAUUUAUACCAAACUAUAAUAUAACUUGGUGCUUCCAAUUUAUAGAAUCUUUAUGUACACACUAAAAUAAAAGAGCUUUAAUGGACAUAAAAACUACCAUAUUUUUUAUAAUACAGAAACAAUUUUUGGCAUCAAACUGCACUCUAACAAACAAAAUACGAAUAACAUCUCUUGAUUGUGUUUUUAGACUUUAGGGAAAUAUAAUGGCAUGACGGUUACUUAGACUUUGUAGAUAUAAUUUUGAAUGCCGGAAUAAGACAUAUUUCACGAAAUUUACAUAGUUCUCAUUUUUAGUUUUGAUUACCGGUAAUCAAUAUUGAAUUCUGAUAGUACUACUUGUUGAACUUUGCUGUAUUCAAGUUUUUUGUGUGUUGUAAAAUGUGAUCUGUCAUAUUGAUCCUCCAUUCCCCAUUCUGUCAUAGCUUGCAGAUAAUUGUUGCGGCACCUUAACCGAUGUUAUUUAAAGUUUCUUUGAAAUCAUAGUUUAUACUGCUGUCUUGUUCGAACUUUAAAAGGAAAUUCAAUACUAAGAGAUUUUUUUUUCUAUUUGA